UUGUUCGCGCUGACGCCAUGAGUGGGCUUCUCAAGAGGAAGUUUGAGGAGGUGGAUGAGGACCCAUGCUACUCCUCACCCUCCUCCCUCUCCUCUGCCUGCUCGGGCUGGGACUCGGAGGGGGAGAGCUGCUACUCGGACACCCUGGAUUCCACUCCCAGCAACCCCAGCUCCCCGGCAACAAAUUUCAACACAACAUCCAUCCUAAAGAAAUCCAAGAGAGCACGGCGAGGCAACGUGACGUUUGACCAGGUGAAAGUGUUCUUCUUCCCCCGGUGCCAGGGAUUCACCAGCGUUCCCAGCCGAGGAGGAUGCACUCUGGGCAUGAUGCAGCGCCACAGCGUCCUCCGCACGUACACGCUCGCCGAGUUUGCCGUGGAGCAGCGGCUCCUACGCAGGGAAAAAUUCCUCAACAGACUCAGGGAGGAGAAGCUGGAGGCUCUCAAACUGAAGCUGACUAAGAAUGGAACCCAAGAGAACGAGGAGGCGGAGAAGCUCACGGUGGACGACAUCCCGGAGCAGGACAUUGACAUCAGUGGAACCAACUUGGAGGAGGGAUCAUUCCUCCAGCCUUACACGCCGAAACGCCGCUACGCAUUGCUCAAAGCAGCCGGUGUGAAGAAGAUCGACAAGGAGGAGAAGAGGCAGCUGCAUGAGCUGAGGAUCUCCAGGGAGAACUGUGGUUGCGACUGUCAGGGCUUCUGCGAGCCUGAGACAUGUAGCUGCAGCCUGGCUGGCAUCAAAUGCCAGAUGGAUCAUUCCUCUUUCCCAUGUGGCUGCACCAAGGACGGCUGUGGAAACACAGAGGGCCGCAUCGAGUUCAACUCCACCAGGGUACAGACACAUUACAUCCACACUAUCAUGAAGCUGGAGCUGGAGAAGAGGCUGGAGGAGCCGUCGAGCACGGAGGAGGAGGAGGAGAACGCAACCUCCCUACCAGCAGUGCCCUCCUUCCCCUUAAACUCACAACUGCCGGCAACUGGAGAGAACAGUUGCAGCAGCGAUAUGACAGACUCAGACUCUUCAGGUCAGAGUGAGGACUCCGAGGCAGGCGAGGGCCUGUGCCAGCAUCGCACCCCUCUGGAUGUCGAUGAGAAAGGCCUGAGCCGCAUUCUCAGUUUCAGCGACACAGAGAACUGCUCGAGAAGUAGCCGGGAUGGUGGGGAGCGUAAAGACAUGUGCUGCCAAGAUCAACGGCAAGAACAACAGCUGCCGUCUACGGAGGCUUUUAGUAGCUUUAGCAUGGUGGACUUUGUUGACGAGAAUGACAAUAUAGACGCUGCACUGUUGGAUCACACAGACAAUCGAGCAACAGCCAUCUCAGAACUUUUGGAUGAGAAUGCCAACCAGGGUAACGCCCUAUUCCAUAGCAGUAGCGUGCCACGCACGCCCUCCCCCACCGUCGAUCGCUCUGCGAGCUACAACAUGGACCUGAGUCUCUCCUCAGAGUCAGACCUGGAGUUCUUCGAUGGCUUCCCCUGCUUGGGGCCCAGCUCGCUCUUCAACUCCCUGAAGGAGUACGAACACGUGGACAACUUUUUUCAGUUUCAGUUGCCUAGUUACCCAAGCCUCCCUCCGGCGAGUGACCCAGGGACCUGCCUCCUGGAGUCACUGAUUGGCCUUUCAGAAUCCGUCCCAGAACCCCCCGCCACAUUUACAGACAAUCAGCUGUUGGAGGAAGCCAUGAAAUUGUCUGUGAUGGAGUCUGUGAAAGUUUGA